UAAUUUAGAUCGAUUUUCUACUCAGAGUUUCUAUUAAGCUCAAACUUAGCUUGUGGCGACAGGCUGACACCAGCUGGGCUCGUUGACAAUAUGAUAGCAGGCCAAACUAAUCGUUAUGCCAGUCCCUUUUUUUAUUUGUCCGAAUAUUUUAACGCAGACAAGCAACACGAGACCUCCACACAUCAAUCAUCACCAGCAUAUCGCGUGCCUUAUUACCUUGCUCUCUCUGUCCCGGGCCCGGGGCCAGACUUGCUCAGUGCCUUGGCAACCACGAGACGCUAUACCCAGAAGCCGCCGGCCGCCAUCGAUGGUCGCCGUCUUCAACAAGGACGUCCUGAGCUGGUACCUCAUCACCAUCAAGCUCAGGGAGGCCGUCGACGCCAACCUCCAGAAGUCCUCACCGGCGCCGCAGUGGCAGCCACGGAACCUGCCGCUGCCCACCAACGGCGCGUCGUCGCCACCGUUCCAGCGCCAGGAGCAGGACCGCCCUGGCGCGACCGUCACCCGGUCCCGGGCGCAGUCCCCGGCGCACAGCCCCAAGCCGCAGGACUCGGAAUGGGUGAUCACCAUCCGCGGGAAGCUGGCGCAGGCGCGCGCCGAGGAGGCGGCGUGCCCGUGGGCCCGCCUGUCCGUGUACCGCGUGCCCAAGUGCCUCCGGGACGGCGACGAGCGCGCCUACACGCCGCAGGUGGUGUCCAUCGGCCCGCUCCACCACUGCAGGCGCCGGCUGCGGGAGAUGGAGCGUCACAAGUGGCGCGCGCUGCACCACGUCCUCAAGCGCACGGGGCACGACGUCACGGCGUACCUCGGCGCCGUGCGGCCGCUGGAGGAACGGGUGCGCGCCUCCUACGAGGGCCGCGCCGCCGGGAUGGCGAGCAAUGAGCUCGUGGAGUGCCUGGUGCUGGACGGGACCUUCGUGCUGGAGCUGUUCCGCGGCGCGCUGGAUGGCGGGAAGGGGUUCGAGGACCACCUGGGCUACUCGCGGCACGACCCCAUCUUCGCCAUGCGCGGCGCGAUGCACGCCGUGCGUAACGACAUGAUCCUGCUCGAGAACCAGGUACCGCUGUUCGUGCUCGAUCUCCUGCUCGGGCUCCAGCUCGGCAACCCAGAACAGACCGGCGCCGUCGCCAGCUUGGCCGUGCGGUUCUUCGACCCGCUUAUGCCGACCGACGCCCCGCUGCUCUGCAAGAACCGGUCCAAGCUGGAGUCCUCCGUCGGCUCCGACGCUGCAGCCGCGUUCGACCCGUUGUCGGGUCCGAUGUUCCACUGCCUCGACGUGUUCCGGUGCAGCCUCCUGCUCGCCGGCCUGCAGCCCAUGCCGCCUCCCCCUGCUCGGCUGUGGCUCAAGAAGUUGUCCGGUCUGCGGCGCGUGGCCGACAAGCGGCGGCAGCAGUUUGUGCACUGCGUGUCGGAGCUCAGGGAGGCCGGCAUCUGCUGCCGGCGCCGCAACACGGACCGCUUCUGGGACAUCAAGUUCGAGAACGGCGUGCUCCAGAUCCCGCGCAUCCUCAUCCACGAUGGCACCAAGUCGCUGUUCCUGAACCUGAUCGCGUUCGAGCAGUGCCACAUGGACAUCGCCACCCCGGGCGGCAACAUCGUCACCUCCUACGCCAUCUUCAUGGACAACCUCAUCAACUCGGCGGAGGAUGUCAAGUACCUGCACGACCGCGGCAUCAUCGAGCAUUGGCUCGGUAGCGACGCCGAGGUAGCCGACCUCUUCAACCGGCUCUGCAACGAGGUCGUGUUCGACAUCAACGACAGCUACCUCUCCGGGCUGUCGGACCAGGUGAACAGGUACUACGAGUACAAGUGGAGCACGUGGAUCGCCAGCCUGCAGCACAACUACUUCAGCAACCCGUGGGCGAUCGUCUCCGUCGUCGCCGGUGUGUUCCUGCUGCUGCUCACCAUGACGCAGACCUUCUACAGCGCCUACAGCUACUACCGGCCGAUCCAUUGAUCGCCGGCCAUGGUGCAUGCAAGCUGGUCCAAACGUUGAUCUUUUCUGGAGGGGCAUUGCGCAAUGGGAAUUACUAGUUUGCUGGUUGGAGUGAGACGAUGUUUAUGGUUGACUGCAUUUCAAUUUUAGUUAGUUCUUUGUUAAGGGAAGAUUUCUUCCAUUUGAGUUAUUAUACUUGCUUCCGCGGGAGAGGGGUUUGACCAACAAAUUCUUUUUCAAUAAUGUAUCUUCCCUUCUUUGGAUAUGUAAAGGAUUUGAAUUGGAUAAGGAAAAAUGGUAUUG